AUGAACUUCGCGUCCAUGACCGCAUCGAGGACGUUGUCGGUGCUUUCGUCGUCCUCCAACUCCUCAGGCACGAACGGCGUGACGGAGCUGCCGGUGCACGCGGUUGGGCCGUUAGUCUGGACCAGGCCGGCCGGCGUGGACACGGACCAUUCACGCGUCAUCAGAUGGUUGGAUCAGCAGCCACACGGAUCUGUGGUGUAUCUGUCGUUCGGGAGCGGUGGCACGCUUACGCUGCGGCAGACGACCGAGCUAGCGCUAGCGCUGGAGAUGACUCAGUGUCGGUUCGUCUGGGUCGUCAACAUGCCAGAUGAAGACACGGCCAGCGGCGCUUUCUUCGGAACCCGGCGAGGAGAAGAAGACGACGACGAGCUCGGCUUCCUGCCGCGGGGUUUCGUUGGGAGGACGUCCGAGGUGGGGCUCGUCCUCCCGUCGUGGGCGCCACAGACGGCGAUCCUCACGCACGCCUCCGUCGGCUGCUUCGUCACGCACUGCGGGUGGAACUCGAGCCUCGAGAGCAUCCUCAAUGGCGUGCCCAUGGUCGCGUGGCCACUAUACGCGGAGCAGAAGAUGAACGCCGCCAUGCUGGAGGUCCAGGCCGGGGUGGCCGUCCACGUCCACGCUGAUGCUGACGGGUUCUUCACCAAGGAAGAGAUCGCCGGCGUGAUCCGACGUGUGAUGGACGAGGAAGAAGGAGCGACCAUAAGGAGGCGUGUUGGCGAAUUCAGACACAAAGCGGAACAGGCUCUAACCGAUGGUGGUUCUUCAGCUCUUGCAUUAGCGCACGUCGCAGGUACCUGGAGAUCUACUUGUACGUAA